ACCACAUCAACAACUACCUCCACAUCAACCACAACCACAUCAACAUCAACCUCCACAUCAACCACAACCACAUCAAUAAGUACCUCCACAUCAACAUCAACCACAUCAACAAGUACCUCCACAUCAACCACAACUACAUCAACAACUACCUCCACAUCAACCACAACCACAUCAACCUCAACCUCCACAUCAACCACAACCACAUCAACAACUACCUCCACAUCAACCACAACCACAUCAACAAGUACCUCCACAUCAACCACAACCACAUCAACAACUACCUCCACAACAACUACAACCACAUCAACAAGUACUUCCACAUCAACCACGUCUACAAGCACAUCGUCUACUACUACUACAACCACAGGCGAUCCCUGCUUUGUCGCUCAAACUGACCUCAACAUUGUCUUCCUUUCGUCCAUCAAUUACCCUGACAACUACGCAGCUAACCUCGUUUGCGAAGCAGGUCCACCUUCGACCACUGAACUCGGUUAUGCAUGGCUCACAGUUACAGAAGAUAUGUCUAUAGCUGCUGAUGAUGUACUUUCCAUACAGAACCCAUACAGUGAAGACCUAGAGCUUCAAGGCACUGUCUCUGCUGGAACGAAAUUCCUAAUUCCAAGUUUAGCUUAUGUGGCCACUUUCACGUCCGAUUCUGCUCUCACCGAUAUUGGAUUUUCCGUGGAAUUCAGUGCCGUUCAGCCCAGGUGCAGCAAGGAUUUGAUAGCGACAGUGGAUAGACAGUCCUUCUCAAGUCCUCGGUAUCCUCAGAAUGGACCUCCCCCUGGUACAAUAUGCGAAUAUAGAAUUCAGGCGGAGGAUCCAUCCCAGAGGGUCAAACUCAUAAUGUACAGGUUCAGUGUAAACGAACCGAGUUAUUUCCGCAUCAACCUUAGCGGCGACAAAUUGUUCAGCGAAUCGACUGUGGUCAGGGAGGUGUCUCCGGCGUCCGCCACGUACUACGUCUCCGAGGGCGACGUCAUGAGGCUCUUCUUCUACGGCGAGGCCAACACACGGGGCUACAAGCUCAGAUACAAAAUGGUUCCGUAGAAAGCUGCAGACCCUCGCUAGGGCGCCAUUUAUCCAACUAUAUGUCAACACACACACACACAAGCACUCACAUACACACACACACGCGCACACACGCGCACGCACAUACAUAUAAACACACAAAAACACA